AUGUAUGUGUGUGUGUGUGUGCGUCUGCAGUUGCAUGUGUCUGUGGGUAGAAAAAGAGGUGUCCACCUUUACUCGUCCGUGGAGGUGUUGAGUUUGUGCAAAAAAUUGGCACAUGCCCCAGCAACUGGAUGUCAUUGGAUUGAACAUCAACACGCAAAUUGUCUGUCGCCACCCACUCAGCUGCCCAUCCUCUCGCCUCCGCUCACCCGCGUUCUGCAGCCAACUUUCGGUCGGUCGGUCGGUCGGUCGUUGAGUCGAAUUGGCGGACAACUCAACGCUACCGACAUACCAACAGACACAUACAACCUGCCUCACUCUCCUUCCGCUUCUAGCCUUCUUUCUGAGUCAGUUUGCCCAAUCAACCUACCCAGCUUCAUAUUUGUGCCGAUUAAGCCUCGCAUGCGCGUGCACUCAUACACUCGCAGAGAGCCCGAAGCAAAUGUGUGCUGGACUUUACCAAGGGCCUCUUGGCGCGAUGUCAUCGUUUUUAUCCGCUCAACUUGUUUGCAGCCAUCGGGCUGGCUAGUUGCCGGGCUCGGUUGGCAUCUGAAGCACUCGCGCACGACCUGGACCCCCGAGGAGGAGAUGAGUAGUCAGAGAAGCUUGGCCGACCGGGCCUGCACAUUUUGGAAGAAAUUUCAUUAUUUGUAG